AUGACCGUGUUGGUUGCAGUGUCGCAGCCAGGUGCGAUAAUAAUUGGCCAGCAGCAGUUCAGCUCGCACGACCCCGUCACGACUACCUGCACCACCUGCCAACAGCACGUCCAGACCAGGGUGGACCACGAGACCGGACUCAUCACAUGGGCCGCCGCUGCAGGCCUCUGUCUUGUCGGCUGUGAUCUGGGCUGCUGCCUGAUCCCGUUCUGUGUGAACCAGCUGAAGGACGCCCGUCACUCCUGCCCCAAUUGUAACACUCACCUGGGAACGUACAAGGUCAUCAAGUAAACACCUGAAACACCUGGACUGAACACAUGGACUGAACACUUGGACUGAACACCUGAAACAGCUGGACUAAAUGGAUAGCAAAGUUCUUUGAUCACAACCAUUUAUUUUUACGAGCCGACGUUUCGAUGACCGUCUGUCAUCUUCAGCAGGGCAAUUCUGACUGGUUUACUGUGCACUGACGCUAGAUGUUACUUGGUGCGUAGUGCACUAAAUGUGUUACGUGGCUCACAGUGUAUACGUACUGUUACAUGGUUCACUCCAGCUUCAGUGCACAGCAAACCAGUCAGAAUUGCCCUGAUGAAGAUGACAGACGGUCAACGAAACGUCGGCUCGUAAAAAUAAAUGGUUGUGAUCAAAGAACUUUGCUAUUCAUUCGUUUUCCAACCUGGACUAAAUAUCUGACAUCAUAUGUCCUGUUCAGACGAAGAGCUGGAACCGCAUUAGAUCCAGCUUCCACCGAAGCAGGAUUCAUGUGGCCCCCAUCUGAACGCGCCAUUCGCAUUGAAAGCGCCUCGAUCCCUCUAGAAUUGAUACUUAUCCAUCUUGCGUCUUUUCAUCACUUGCGUCUUUUCAUCCAGCGCUUUCGUCUGAACAUGGUCUGAGACACGCUUGGGGAAGAAACAUUUGUUUGUACUAUACGUGUGAAUUCACUUUGACUAAGACACUCUUUCUACCAAGAAGCUUUUUAGACGAAUGUUUAGAAUUUGAUAUCAUGUAAAUAUGUUUGUAGCAGUCGUCAUCAAUACUGUAGUACCGCUUGGGAAAGAUACACAGUAUCAGAUGUUUGUUAGUAUAUCUGUAUCAACUUACAAAUCUAUAUGAACAGCAUAAA